AUGGCACAAGGCAAUACUGCCUGGUUGUUUUUUAAAAACCUACUGACAAUAGUUGGUUUCUUUUUUUUCUUACUAGACAUUGCAUUGGAUAUGUUGGCUAUCUAUUCUUUUUAUCAGGAGGAGGACUAUGUCAGUAUGGGUGUGCUGAUAUUUGUGUUAGUGGGAUCCUCAGUCGUACUGCAGUUAUUCAGCUGGAUGUGGAACGCAAAUCCAGUGAUCUCAAUCUGGAAGGAAAUCAGGUUCUUUCAGGGUGAUGAUAAACAACAGAACCAUACUUUAUCAAUACUACGUUUGUUUGAAAUGUUCACCGAGAGCAUUCCACAACUCUGCCUCAUGGUCUCCACUGUCUUCAUAAAGAAAAAACUAGAGCUCAUCACAGCCCUGAAGAUUGCUGGUUCAGUUGUCGCUGUCACAAUAAGUGCUUUGACUUUCCACCGUGGGAUGUGUGCCUCACAGAGCGAUACAUGCAAAAAGAGCUGGGGCAGAUCCGUGAUCUACUCGCUUUGGAAUCUACUCUUGAUCUCAGCCCGAGUGACUGCUUUAGCUCUGUUUGCCUCUGUCCUGCCCAUCUUUGCUCUUGUCCACUUCCUGGCGCGUUGGAUGUCAUUUACACUGUGGGUCUGGCUGGAACCGAUUAAGUUCAUGGACAGCAGAGCAGGAAAGUGGCUCUAUCGAGCCACCAUUGGACUAAUCUUUUACUUUAGUUGGUUGAAAGUGACCAAAGAGAGCGGCAAACUCAAUAGUGUCCUCUACCACGUGGUCAUAAUUGGGGACACUGGGUUGCUGAUCGGAGUGUGGUGGUGGCAGAUGGUGUGUGAGGAUGCAAUGUUCGCAAAACCACUCAUAGUGGUCUCUGCAGUGGUUUCAUUUUAUCUUGUUGGACUAGCGUUUGAAAUGGUUUACUAUUACUGGCCUGACUGCAAGUGUGAAGCAGAUCUGCGGUUAUGUAUGACAGAUGAUACGAAUGAUUAA